AUGUUAUUGUUCGAAAUGUGAAGCAUGGUGUUUACCAAAAUGAUUUCAAACACUUCCACUGUACAUUGCUAAGCUAGUAAAUUUAAAAUAAAUUUACAAAAAUGUUGAAACCACUGAUCCCAGUUCUGAACGUUCAAAUCAGGCGGCACUUUGCGACCAAAAUAAAAAAGUGCGUCAUUCUACAGGACAAGGACAAAAUACCGGUUGACCGAUAUCCUCUCGCUUCCAAAUCUGAACGCCGUGUGUAUGUCUGGGGUCAUGCAGCAACUGGAGCUCUCGGAUACCAAAAAUCACUCAAAAAACAAAAACUGAAACACACCCAAUUCGUUCAACAUCCAUCCCGCCUACAAUUCGCUGAAGUGCAAGACGUAAUCGAUGUCGCUUGUGGCUAUGGAUUUUCAGCUUUCGCCGUGAAACGUUCUGAUGACAUCAGCCUUUUCGGCUGUGGCAUCAAUACAGACUCUCAAGUCGGUUUCCACAAAUUUGGAGGCGUCACAAAUCGACCCAUGGAACUGAUGAUAUACCCAGCGCCAAUAGCACUCCCGAAGCGUACGGAUGACUGUAAAAUUCAAAUAAAAAGUGUCGCUGCCGGUAGAGCCCAUUUGCUUGCACUAUCAGAGGAUGGUGUUGUUUUUGCAAUGGGUAACAAUGCGUACGGACAGUGCGGACGGCCGGUGGUGGAAAAUGAAAAAUACGCAGCAAGUCAGACAGUUCAUCGAAUCGAAGAAUUGAAUGGUACAAAAAUCGCUGGCAUCACAUGCGGUCAAGACCAUAGUCUCUUUCUGUUGAACAAUGGAACAGUAUUUUCGUGUGGAUGGGGAGCCGAUGGUCAAACUGGAUUAGGUCAUUACAAAUCGGUCGAUGUGCCAACGUUGAUCGGUGGAGAUAUUUCUACGGAGAACAUAGUCAAAGUUGCCGGCACUGUUGAUUGUGUGCUGAUGUUAAAUGAUAAGGGCGAAGUGUUUGGGUUCGGCAAUGCUGAAUAUGGACAACUCGAAACAGUAGGAGACAGUCAACAAGUCAAUGAACCGAAAUUCGUAAGCUUUACAAAAGGUUUGGGGAAAAUUGUCGACAUUGCUGCUGGUGGCUCAUUCUGUAUGGUUCUUAAUGAAAACGGUGACGUCUUCACGUGGGGCUAUGGCAUCCUCGGCCUGGGUCCAAAAGUCGACUAUAUAAAGGAACCCACUCAAAUACCGGCAACACUAUUCGGCCGAAAUGAAUUGAGCCCAGAAUCUCGUGUCACUUCAAUUUCGUGUGGCAUUAGCCACAUGGCAGCGAUCAACAGUGACAACGAUGUGUACAUGUGGGGACGCAAUAAACUCGGUUGCCUCGGACUUGGCAAUACGGAUGAUCAAUUUUUUCCGCUUAAAAUUGCUGUUACGGCUAAAGUGUUGAAAGUCAGCUGUGGUGUGGAUCAUACGUUGGCGUUGUGUAAGCCGUUCAUUUAAUGAGGAGAGUUUUUUUGUGGAAUGUAAUUCACUGGACAUUGUAUUUAAGUGACGAAAUUGGUGGACUAGGUCACUUUGUUGUCGAAAUAAACAGAAUUCUU